UCCUACUCUCUCCACUCCCUCCUCUACGUGCAAUGUAAUCUCUGUCUUCUUCUUCUUCCCCUCAUUCGCCAGUUCGAAGCAAAGCACCUCUGCAAUCCUAUCCAUGACGAUGGAAACUGCUUUGGAGGCAUCCUUGGCUCUGUUCUUGGGGUUAACAGUUAUGGCUGUUGUCUCGGUUCAUGUCCCUGGUUUCCAGUUCUAGUGUUCAAGUACCGCAAUGAUUCGGUGCUGGGGGUGAACCGCAAUAGCUAUGAGAGCUGCAUCGUGUCGGACCCGAUAUUCGAGUUCGAGGAUGUGGAUACUGUCUUCUGGUUCAAUCGGCAUGGUUUCUUCUACUUCAUCAGCGGGAACCCAGACCACUGCCAAGCUGGCCAGAGGCUGGUGGUCCUUGUGAUGGGGCAGUCCGGGUUGGACGUGAGCCAUGGCCCGACUGCAGCACCUUCUCCUGUGGAGGGAGGAGAUACGGGCGGCAGCAGCGGGUACUCCAUCUGGGCCUCGCCUCCCAAUGCAACCACCAAACUAUCUGCUGCUUCCUACUUCUUGAGUGCUCUUGGAAGGGUUUCAUUAUUAUUUAUCUGUUCAUGUAAUUUUUGCUUUCAGCAGAAUUUAUUUUCUCGGUUAAUUUCUGUUGGGUAAUUUAUGAAAUACUGCUAAGAUGGUUAUUGUUCAUUGACGCUUCAGCAAUGCAAAUAUGCACAAGAGAAAUGAACUAAAUCACCUUAUCUUUUUGUAA